ACGUCACGGGCCGCGAGUUCCUUUUCCCCGCCCCCUUUCUCCUAAUUUAGAUCGGCUCCGCCCUUUUGUCCUCUUUCCCCCUUUCCACCCUUUCCUCUCCGGCUCGUUUUUGACCAAGGGCUGUGGUACAUCAAUGGCCGUAGGCGUUCCUAGAGCGGUCCAACGAGGAACCGGAAGUGGAAGGGGAAGAAAAAAAGCAAGCGCGGUUUUGGCGGGAAGUGGAAGGAACGGCCUCCUUGCGUAGAAGAGGGCUGAGGGGAGCUGCACGGGCGCUUCUCAGGUUGGUGAGAAGCCAUGCAGGCCUUUCUGAAAGGUCCGUCCUCAAUCAGCACAAAACCUGCACCUACCAAGGAACGGGGAGCAGCUGCCACUGCCGGAAGCAGUGGGGAGGGCAAGAGGGUCAGACCAGUUCCUUGGGUGGAAAAAUACCGUCCAAAGUGUGUGGAUGAAGUUGCAUUUCAAGAGGAAGUUGUUGCUGUAUUGAAGAAAUCCUUACAGGGAGCUGAUCUUCCCAAUCUCUUGUUUUAUGGCCCUCCUGGGACAGGAAAGACAUCUACUAUUUUGGCGGCAGCUAGAGAACUCUAUGGGCCUGAACUGUUCCGGCAUAGGGUCUUGGAGCUAAAUGCGUCCGACGAACGCGGAAUACAAGUCGUUCGAGAGAAAGUGAAGACUUUUGCUCAGCUGACCGUUUCGGGAAGCCGUUCAGAUGGCAAGCCGUGUCCUCCUUUUAAGAUUGUGAUCUUGGAUGAAGCAGACUCUAUGACCUCAGCAGCCCAAGCAGCCUUAAGGCGCACCAUGGAGAGAGAAUCCAAAACGACACGUUUUUGCCUUAUCUGUAAUUACAUCAGCAGGAUCAUCGAGCCUAUAACCUCUCGAUGUUCUAAAUUUCGUUUCAAGCCCCUUUCGGACAAAAUCCAACAGCAGAGACUUCUAGACAUUGCUAAAAAGGAGAAUGUGACAGUCAGCAGCGAGGCGAUCUCUUGCCUUGUUCAUGUGUCCGAAGGAGACUUAAGAAAAGCCAUCACACUUCUUCAGAGCACUACGCGACUGACAGGCAAGAAAGAAGUCACAGAGAAAAUUGUCACUGAAAUAGCAGGGGUUGUGCCUAAAGAAAUGCUGGAUGGAUUGCUAGCUGCCUGUCAGAGCGGCUCGUUUGAAAAACUAGAAGCCGUAACACAGAAUCUGAUCAACGAAGGUUAUGCUGCCACACAGCUUAUUAAUCAGCUUCACGAUAUCAUCGUUGAGAAGGAAGAACUCAGUGACAAGCAGAAGUCUGUUAUCGCAGAGAAGCUUGCUGAAGCAGACAAAUGCUUGGCAGACGGUUCGGACGAGUUCUUGCAGUUGAUCAGCCUCUGUGCAGUUGUGAUGCAGCAGCUCACUCAAAAUAGCUAGCCGUAGUGUGAAACCAACCUCUGGAUAGCUCCAGCCAGAAGUGUCUUCACAUUUUGACAUGGUUCUGACUCUUUGUGUUAUGAGCUGAAAAAUGUACAGGCAAGCAAAUCUGAACUGUUUUACCAUUCAGUUGGACCUUGCGGUUACAAUUCCUGUUCUUUGAGUAAAUGGAAGGAGGGAUUUGUAUCUUUUGUACAUUUUUGCCCUCCUUGCUCUUUAACCUCUAGACUAAAAAACAAACACUGCAUUUGGAAAUCCAGUGUGGUUUGUGGUACUUUCAUUAAACAUUCUCUCAAAUUCGU